CACUCUACGGUGGCCGAGAGGAUACCGCAGAUGUGUUAGCGGCGUGUCCAGAAGCAGCCCCAGGAGGUGCGCGGGGCAUCGUUUUUCUUAUCUGGUCUCCCGAGUGGCGAGGAGACAUCCCGGCAGCCGUCAUCAUGGUGAAGGAGCAGUUCCGGGAGACGGAUGUGGCCAAGAAAAUAAGCCACAUCUGUUUUGGAAUGAAGUCACCUGAGGAAAUGCGUCAGCAGGCACACAUCCAAGUUGUGAGUAAGAACCUGUACAGCCAGGACAACCAACAUGCCCCCUUGCUAUAUGGGGUGCUCGACCAUAGGAUGGGUACGAGUGAGAAGGAUCGUCCAUGUGAAACCUGUGGGAAAAACUUGGCUGACUGUCUAGGCCACUAUGGGUAUAUUGACCUGGAGUUGCCGUGUUUUCAUGUAGGGUACUUCAGAGCAGUCAUAGGCAUCUUACAGAUGAUCUGCAAAACCUGCUGCCACAUCAUGUUGUCCCAAGAGGAGAAGAAGCAGUUUCUGGACUAUCUAAAGAGGCCCGGCCUGACCUACCUUCAGAAGCGAGGACUGAAGAAGAAAAUCUCUGACAAGUGCCGAAAGAAAAACAUCUGCCAUCACUGUGGCUCUUUUAAUGGUACUGUAAAGAAGUGUGGAUUACUGAAGAUAAUUCAUGAGAAAUACAAGACCAACAAAAAAGUGGUGGAUCCCAUUGUAUCAAAUUUCCUUCAGUCUUUUGAAACAGCUAUUGAACAUAAUAAAGAAGUGGAGCCUCUGCUGGGAAGGGCACAGGAAAACUUGAAUCCCUUAGUAGUUCUGAAUUUAUUUAAACGAAUCCCAGCUGAAGAUGUUCCUCUACUUCUGAUGAACCCAGAAGCCGGAAAGCCAUCUGAUUUGAUUCUCACACGACUUUUGGUGCCUCCUUUGUGUAUCAGACCCUCCGUUGUGAGUGAUUUGAAAUCUGGCACCAAUGAAGAUGAUCUGACAAUGAAAUUGACAGAAAUCAUUUUCCUAAACGAUGUUAUUAAAAAGCAUCGGAUCUCAGGAGCCAAGACCCAGAUGAUCAUGGAGGACUGGGAUUUCCUGCAGCUGCAGUGUGCUCUCUACAUUAACAGUGAGCUCUCGGGUAUUCCCCUCAACAUGGCACCAAAGAAGUGGACCAGAGGCUUCGUCCAACGCCUGAAGGGAAAACAGGGUCGAUUUAGAGGAAAUCUCUCAGGAAAGAGAGUGGAUUUUUCUGGCAGAACAGUCAUCUCUCCCGACCCCAACCUCCGGAUUGAUGAGGUAGCUGUGCCAGUUCAUGUGGCCAAAAUUCUAACUUUUCCUGAGAAGGUAAACAAAGCAAACAUCAGUUUCUUGAGGAAACUGGUUCAAAACGGCCCGGAGGUUCACCCAGGAGCAAACUUCAUUCAGCAGAGACAUACACAGAUGAAAAGGGCCAGGGUCAAGCCCCACCGGACCUUCAGAUUUAAUGAGUGUGUCUGUACACCCUACAAUGCUGACUUUGAUGGUGACGAAAUGAACCUUCAUCUUCCUCAAACAGAAGAAGCUAAAGCAGAGGCCCUUGUUCUGAUGGGGACUAAAGCAAAUCUUGUAACCCCGAGGAAUGGGGAACCACUGAUUGCUGCUAUUCAGGAUUUUCUAACAGGUGCCUAUCUCCUCACUCUCAAGGACACUUUCUUUGAUCGAGCCAAGGCUUGCCAAAUCAUUGCUUCAAUACUGGUUGGCAAGGAUGAGAAAAUUAAAGUUCGCCUCCCACCGCCUACGAUCCUAAAGCCUGUCACCCUGUGGACCGGAAAGCAGAUCUUCAGUGUCAUCCUCAGGCCUAGCGAUGACAAUCCAGUGAGGGCCAACCUGCGAACCAAGGGCAAGCAGUACUGUGGCAAAGGGGAAGAUCUCUGUGCCAAUGAUUCCUAUGUUACAAUUCAGAACAGUGAGUUGAUGAGUGGCAGCAUGGACAAAGGAACCCUAGGGUCAGGAUCCAAGAACAAUAUUUUUUACAUUUUGCUGCGAGACUGGGGACAGAAUGAAGCUGCGGAUGCCAUGUCACGGCUCGCCAGGCUGGCUCCUGUCUACCUGUCUAACCGUGGUUUCUCAAUUGGGAUCGGUGAUGUCACACCUGGCCAAGGACUGCUAAAGGCCAAGUAUGAGUUGCUGAAUGCCGGCUACAAGAAAUGUGAUGAGUACAUCGAAGCCCUGAACACGGGCAAGCUGCAGCAGCAGCCUGGCUGCACUGCUGAGGAGACCCUGGAGGCACUGAUCCUGAAGGAGCUGUCUGUGAUCCGUGACCACGCCGGCAGCGCUUGCCUCCGGGAGCUGGACAAGAGCAACAGCCCCCUCACCAUGGCUCUGUGUGGCUCCAAAGGUUCCUUCAUUAACAUAUCACAGAUGAUUGCCUGUGUGGGACAGCAGGCCAUCAGUGGCUCUCGAGUGCCAGACGGCUUUGAAAACAGGUCCUUGCCUCACUUUGAAAAACACUCAAAGCUCCCAGCUGCCAAAGGCUUUGUGGCUAAUAGCUUUUAUUCUGGUUUGACACCAACUGAGUUUUUCUUCCACACAAUGGCCGGCCGGGAAGGUCUAGUCGACACGGCUGUAAAGACAGCCGAAACAGGAUACAUGCAGCGAAGGCUUGUCAAAUCUCUUGAAGAUCUUUGCUCCCAGUAUGAUCUGACAGUCCGAAGCUCUACUGGCGAUAUUAUCCAGUUCAUUUACGGAGGAGAUGGCUUAGAUCCUGCAGCUAUGGAGGGAAAAGAUGAACCUUUGGAGUUUAAAAGGGUUCUAGACAACAUCAAAGCAGUCUUCCCGUGUCCGAGUGAGCCUGCUCUCAGCAAAAACGAGCUGAUCCUGACCACAGAGUCCAUCAUGAAGAAGAGUGAGUUCCUUUGCUGCCAGGACAGUUUCCUGCAGGAAAUAAAAAAAUUCAUUAAGGGGGUCUCUGAGAAGAUCAAGAAAACCAGAGAUAAAUAUGGCAUCAAUGAUAAUGGCACAACAGAGCCCCGUGUGCUGUACCAGCUGGACCGCAUCACCCCCACCCAAGUAGAAAAGUUUCUGGAGACCUGUAGGGACAAGUACAUGAGGGCACAGAUGGAGCCAGGUUCUGCAGUGGGCGCUCUGUGUGCCCAGAGCAUUGGUGAGCCAGGCACCCAGAUGACCCUGAAGACUUUCCACUUUGCAGGUGUGGCCUCCAUGAACAUCACCCUGGGCGUGCCCCGGAUUAAAGAGAUCAUCAAUGCUUCCAAGGCCAUCAGCACUCCAAUUAUCACAGCACAGCUAGACAAGGAUGACGACGCGGAUUACGCUCGCCUCGUGAAAGGGAGAAUUGAGAAAACCCUCUUGGGAGAGAUUUCCGAGUAUAUUGAAGAAGUGUUUCUUCCUGAUGACUGCUUUAUUCUCGUCAAACUCUCCCUGGAACGGAUUAGACUUCUGAGACUGGAAGUGAACGCUGAGACAGUGCGAUAUUCCAUCUGUACGUCCAAGCUCCGCGUGAAGCCCGGCGACGUAGCUGUUCACGGUGAGGCUGUGGUGUGUGUCACCCCCAGAGAGAACAGCAAGAGCUCCAUGUACUACGUGCUGCAGUUCCUGAAAGAAGAUCUCCCCAAGGUGGUGGUGCAGGGCAUUCCAGAGGUGUCCAGAGCUGUCAUACACAUUGAUGAGCAGAGUGGAAAGGAGAAGUACAAGCUUCUGGUGGAAGGUGAUAACCUGCGGGCAGUCAUGGCCACGCAUGGUGUGAAGGGCACCCGGACCACCUCCAAUAACACCUAUGAGGUGGAGAAAACUCUGGGCAUCGAGGCUGCCCGGACAACCAUCAUCAAUGAAAUCCAGUACACCAUGGUGAACCACGGCAUGAGCAUCGACAGGAGGCACGUGAUGCUGCUCUCCGACCUCAUGACCUACAAGGGUGAAGUCCUGGGCAUCACUAGGUUUGGCCUGGCCAAGAUGAAGGAGAGUGUGCUGAUGCUGGCCUCCUUUGAGAAGACAGCUGACCAUCUCUUUGACGCUGCCUACUUCGGGCAGAAGGACUCCGUGUGUGGGGUGUCUGAGUGCAUCAUCAUGGGAAUCCCAAUGAACAUUGGAACCGGGCUCUUCAAGCUGCUCCACAAGGCCGACAGGGACCCGAACCCCCCCAAGAGGCCCCUGAUCUUCGACACGAAUGAAUUCCACAUCCCCCUUGUCACAUAGUCCAAGGAAAGAGGGGACCAUGCCAGACCUUGACUCCUUGUCCUGUCUGCAGCUCAUGUGAAGAGUUUUGUGCUCCCCGGGACGGGGGUCCUGAGGCCCCCACCUGUGCCAGCAAUCAGAGAAGCCCCCUUGGCAUCCCCAGGAGCGGCUCCUCCUCUGAUAGGGCGCAGCUCACACCAGUGACCCUGACUGUGCCAUACUACUCGGGAGAGCUGAGGGUUUUUUUGUUUGCUUGCUUGAAACUCAAUCUAUGGACGGCCCCACAGCUCCUGCACACCCUGCCUACCUGGACUUAAGGCCCAGCCAGGUGUCAUGGCCCAUCCCAGCUCACUGCAUACAUCCAUCGGCUCCCCGUGGUGUCUUCACACCUGACGGUGAGCCAGGCCUGAGCCCCGCACAGGCCAGGGCACGUUCGUGGAUUUUCCAUUCCUUGGUCAUGCUGGAAUCUCUCAAUGUGACAUACUCAUGUAAAUAUUGUUACUAUUAUUUAUUUGUUCCAGUUGAGGGAUUUGGAAUUUUUGUUAUUUUAGUUUUAUUUUUGAAACCAAGCAUCUAUAGAAACCAAGAAAGCCAGCAUGUAAGCGUCACUGGAAAAACUGGUUUAAGCAAAUAGAGCCAUCUGGGAUUUGUAACUGAGCUGCAACUGUCAUGAGGCCCAGGCAGCUCUGUAACAUCUUCUGUAGAUGCCCCUGGCUACCCUGUUUUCAUCUACCUCAGACCCCUAUCAUGGGGCUCUACCCUGUGACAAGAGCCAAACCCAUUCUCCAUGGCCUAUGGAAGCCUCACUGGAGUUUGGAGCCUGCUGCGAUGGGGAUGAGACGUUUUUUAUAGAAUUACACUUACGUUCCUUGGAUGUUCUCUAGUUGAUUUCUGAAGUUCUGAGUUGAUGCUGUUAAGGUGCCUGGGGUAGCCAUUGGUUCUUGGAUCUGUGUUAGAAUGAGUGCUUUCCCUUCAUACUGAUGAGAUUGUGGAUUAGGAAUUCUUGACCUAAGUGAUUUUUGGCCAGUCGUUGGGUUUAACAUUCUAUUAAAAUUUGUAGUUUGGGCUGGGUGCUGUGGCUCACACCUAUAAUCCCAGCACUUUGGGAGGCUGAGGAUGGUGGAUCGCUUGAGCCCAGGAGUUUGAGAGCAGCCUGGGCAACAUGACAAAACCCCCUCUCUACAAAGAAUACAAAAAUUAGCCAGGCAUGGUGGCGCAUGCCUGUAGUCCCUGCUACUGGGGAGGCUGAGGUGGAAGGUUCACUUGAGCCUGGGAGGUGAAGGUUGUAAUGAGCCAAGAUCGUGCCACUACACUCCAGCCUGGGCAACAAAGCAAGACCUUGUCUUAAAAAAAAUAAAUAAGCUUAAAAAAAUUAAUUAAUUCUUAUAAAAAAUUGUAGUUUGACUUUAUGAUUUCCCUGCAUCUACAAGGUAGACCUAUUAACUUCUCUUGGGGUAUCAGUGACAUGAAAAAAUGCCAUUUUUCUUAAUGUUUAACCCCCCUUUAUCUUUCAGUUGAGCCAGAGCCUGGUUUAGGACAAAGGAUUAAGUUUGUUAAUGAACACUAAUUCAGGGCUUCUACUUGAGACCCCAUUGAGAUCACUGCUUCUCAUGUAACCCGGGAAGAGCCAUAAAGGGGCACCCCCCACCCCAACUGCCUUCCUGGAAGCGUGCCUGGGAAGUAAGCUGUAGGCUUGAUCUGAGCCAGGACCACUGGGAUCCGUGCAAAGACCAGGGGAGGGUAGAAUUGAAUCAUGGGAGGGAACUCCGACACCCGUUUUCUUCUGCGGGUGACGCACACUUUAAAUGGAAGAGAGGUUGUGGCUAUAACUUGUGGCUGGGAAUAAUAAAGAUGGCACCACCAAGGAGCCUCAUCUUGCUUGAGUGAGUACUCAGUUGGGUGCUGCAGAGUCUUGAGUCUGUGUGAGACGUGUGUGAUUGUGAUGGGUGCGGAUCAGCAUAUAGCACUUGGGAACAAGGCAGACCUUGGAGCAGAAUGGUUAUGUGAAGGGUCACAUCACCCAUGGGAAAUCAUACGUCCUGGAGGUGCUGGUCCUCCUCCUGGAACUGCCAGCCUUGCUAGGACUGUCAACAUCAACAGCAUUGCCUGGUAAACCCUACUGUCUGUGCUCCCCACUGUGUCCCAUGACUGGUAUUAAAAUUCUCCUUACUAUGAUCAUCUGCCCUGCCCAGGCAUUGGGCUUUAUGCCAGCACAGAGCUCAAAGGCCAGGGAGCAGCACAUCUUCAAGCAUGAGAGCUCAAUCAAAGGGUUACAUUUGAGUCUCUGUACCUGCUUGGAAGAAAUAAAAAUAUGCGUGAAUUCCAUCUCA